UGUUACAAUUGCCGUCAGAAGAGACAUAUGAACAGAAAGUGCCUGGAGCAUAUAAAGUGCGACAACUGUGAUGAGAUCGGACACGACAAGGCUAUAUGCCCUUCUCCUCUGGUCUCGCGCUGCUACAAAUGCCAUAGUACCGAGCACACCCGCAAGGACUGCACGAUGUGUUCGAAGUGCGGUGGUGAUCACGACUCCAAGACUUGUAAGGUGAACGUCAAAUGCAAGAACUGUGAGGAGAUGGGACAUAUCUCGGCGAACUGCCCGAAGCCGCGGAAGAUGAUCUGCAAGAAUUGCGGGGAGGACGGUCACUUUUCAAUUGACUGCCACAGUUGUACCACCUGCAACUCAAAGGAUCACCAUACCAAAAAGUGCCCGACUACCAUUAGGUGCAAGCGAUGCAACAACUUGGGUCACCAAAGACGAUUCUGCCCGCAGAGGGUUUGCCCAUUCUGCAAGGAGAAUGGACAUAUUGAGUCAGACUGCCCG